UUUCUCUCAUCAGUGUUGCUAGUAACAAUCCUUGUAGUGGAAGGGAUUGCUGUUGCACAGAAGACACAAGGUGGGCAGAAUAUCGGAGUGAAUCGCAUUCCUCCUACCCAGUGUGACAACUGGGUACGGACAAGUAAUGGAGGACAUUUUGCUUCACCAAACUACCCUAACAUGUACCCACCAAAUCAAGAGUGCAUCUAUAUCUUAGAAGCUGCCCCACGACAAAGAAUUGAAUUGACCUUUGAUGAACCUUAUUACAUAGAACCCUCAUUUGAAUGUCGGUUUGAUCAUUUGGAGGUUCGAGAUGGACCUUUUGGUUUCUCCCCUCUCAUUAAUCGUUACUGUGGUCUGAAAAGUCCUGCACUAAUUAGAUCAACAGGGAGAUUUAUGUGGAUCAAAUUUACUUCUGAUGAGGAACUGGAAGGAAAGGGAUUCCAAGCAAAGUACUCAUUUAUACCAGAUCCUGACUUCACUUACCUAGGAGGUAUUUUAAAUCCCAUCCCAGACUGCCAGUUCGAGCUCUCAGGAGCUGAUGGAAUAGUACGUUCCAGUCAAGUAGAACAAGAAGGAAAGACAAAACCAGGACAAGCAGUUGACUGCAUAUGGACAAUUAAAGCUACUCCAAAUGCUAAGAUUUAUUUGCGAUUCCUCGACUAUCAAAUGGAGCAUUCAAACGAGUGCAAAAGAAACUUUGUUGCUGUAUAUGAUGGAAGUAGUUCUAUUGAAAACCUGAAGGCAAAGUUUUGCAGCACUGUAGCAAACGAUGUCAUGCUGCAGACUGGGACAGGUGUGAUACGAAUGUGGGCAGAUGAAGGCAGUAGACUAAGCAGAUUCAGAAUGCUGUUCACUUCAUUUGUGGAUCCUCCCUGCUCAGGCAACACUUACUUCUGCCAUAGCAACAUGUGCAUCAAUAAUUCUUUAGUCUGCAAUGGCAUUCAAAACUGUGCAUACCCUUGGGAUGAAAAUCACUGCAGAGAAAAGAAAAGAAGUGGGUUAUUUGAACAAAUCACCAAAACUCAUGGAACAAUCAUUGGCAUCACAUCAGGGAUAGUUUUAGUUCUUCUCAUCAUUUCAGUUCUAGUACAAGUAAAGCAACCUCGCAAAAAGGUUAUGGCUUGCAAGACUGCUUUCAAUAAAACUGGUUUCCAGGAAGUAUUUGAUCCUCCACAUUAUGAACUGUUUUCACUGAGGGACAAAGAAAUUUCUGCAGAUUUGGCAGAUUUAUCAGAAGAACUUGAAAACUAUCAGAAAAUGAGACGUCCUUCAACAGCUUCCAGAUGCAUUCAUGACCACCACUGUGGCUCCCAGGCCUCUAAUAUCAAACAAAGCAGGACAAAUCUCAGCUCCAUGGAACUUCCCUUUCGCAAUGAUUUUGCGCAGCCUCAGCCAAUGAAAACGUUUAACAGCACAUUCAAGAAAAGUAGUUACACUUUCAAACAAGCUCAUGACUGCCCUGAGCAAGUCAUAGAAGACAGGGUGAUGGAGGAGAUUCCAUGUGAAAUCUAUAUCAGAGGAAGAGAAGAUACGGCACAAGGUUCAUUAUCUAUUGACUUUUAAUUUCCUAGUGAAGGUGGUAUCAGUGUAUAUACAAGAUGCUUGUGUACAAUGACAGUGUAUAUAU